ACAAGAGCUGCAAAAAUGUUCUCAUGUUGUCGUGCUAAUCCAAAAGCAGCCAAAAAGGAUAAGGACAAGGAUAAACAGUGUAAAAACGAUGCGAACGAAACAAACGAAAAAAUCGAACAACUGCCCGCAGAUACAGCUAACGAACAGGUCACCCAGGAAGAGGUCAAAGCCAAUGGCCAGGUACCAAAGCCUGAGCUACAAGCAGAACCUCUACCCCAACCUGAGCCAGAGCCAGAGCCUGAACCAGAACCACAACCAGAACUAAAACCUGAAGCACAAAUUGAAUCCGCUGACGCCACUGAAAAGGAGUCUGUUCCUAUUGAGCGCUCUACUGCCCUUGAAAUAGAAGCUAUCAACACUGUCGCAUCGUCGCCAGUGCAGCGUUCGACGCACUCAUCCACAUCAACCGCUCCACCCGCAUCGAUGACCAGCGCCACAGAGGAUGAGCCGACGCCGAAUGCAAUGCCUCAACAGCAGCAGCAACAGCAGCAGCAGGUGUACGAGCCGCAACCGGCUAAUUCGCAUCCCACAAAGAGCUGCCUCUCCCGUCACAACUCGACGCAUCAGUCCAUCAAGAAGAAGGUGAACAUAAGCAAUCGAGCGGAGAUCAUUGAGCCAGAUCCGUUGAGCUCAUCGCUGUUGCUACUGGCCAAUCACAACAACAACAACAGCUCGCUGGCCGACGAUGAUGAAGUGUUUUCCGACUCACUGCCGCCGCCCAAGCGGGAGAGCAUGUGUGCGCCGUAUAUCGAAGGUGAACUGCUGCCGGAAACGCUGGCCUUUGCGCACGGACUGCCCGCCUGGUUCGACGAUGAGCGAUUGAAUGAGAUCGGCUGCAUUGAGCCACCUGUCACACCUGUCGGCCGGGAUGAGCUGGAGCUGAAGCGUCAGCGUCUCUACACGGAACUGCUCCGCGCCGCCCACGCAGCCGUGGAGCAUAGCGUGGCCGUGCGUGAUAACCACGAGUCGGAAUCAAAACCCACGGCUGCCGUUGAGCAUUUGGAAAGGAUUUGCGAACGCUUGGAGACUUUAGUGGAUCGGCUGGAGCACACGUUGAUCACGCCACAUCCAGAGACAGUGAUUAAAGUACCAUCUACACCACCCGCACCGCCAUCACCACCAACGCCACUGCCACCGCCACCGCCAAUUGAUUCUCCCACAACAACAACAAGUGACAGCAACAACAUGAGUGUCGCUGGCUACGAGGAUAUUAUCGCCGGGCCAUUAGCCGAGUACUUGGCGCUAUCCGCCCAAAUAGGCGGCGAUGUGGCUGCGCAUGCGCAGAUUGUGAAGGCUGCAUUCGACGCCCAAUUGCGUUACGUGACGCUGGCCACGCAGAUGGCUAAGCCGCCGCAGGCGAAGGAAAUGGAACUGCUGCAGCCGACAUCGACGCAAAUCAGCGCCAUUUGUGAUUUCCGUGAGAAGCACCGCACCUCGCCGCUCUUCAAUCAUUUGUCGGCCAUUAGCGAGAGCAUACCCGCCCUGGGUUGGGUGUGUACGACAUCGAUGCCCGGACCGCAUGUCAAGGAGAUGAAGGAUGCCGGCCAGUUCUAUACGAACCGUGUGCUUAAGGAGUGGAAGGAGAAGGAUCCCAAGCAUGUGGAAUGGGCACGCGCCUGGCUGCAAACACUAACUGAUAUGCAGGCCUACAUUAAGCAGUAUCAUACCACGGGCCUGGUCUGGUCUGGUAAGGGUGCAGCCCCCGCCGGCGGUGCACCACCACCGCCACCACCCGGCGGCAUGCCACCACCACCACCACCAUUGGAUCUGAAUGCCCUGAAGCUGGACAGCGCUGGCGAUGACCGCAGUGCGCUCUUUGCGCAGAUCAAUCAGGGCGCUGACAUAACCAAGAACUUGAAGAAGGUAACCGGCGACAUGCAAACUCACAAGAAUCCAUCACUGCGCACUGGUCCAGCGCCCUUCAAGACGCCAGCCAAAACCAGCGCCCCAGUUGCCACUAAUGCCACUGCACCCGUGAAGGACCCAGUGUUUACCCGCGAUGGCAAAAAGUGGUUGAUUGAGUACCAGAAGAACAACUCGGGUCUCAUUGUGGAAAAUGCCGAAAUGAACAAUGUGGUGUACAUGUUCCGCUGCGAGGGCUCCACCCUCACUGUCAAGGGCAAGGUCAACAACAUUGUGCUGGACUCGUGCAAAAAGUGUUCGCUUCUGUUCGAUUCGGUGGUUGCCUCCAUUGAGUUCGUCAACUGCCAGAGCGUGCAGAUGCAGGUGUUGGGCUCGGUGCCAACGGUGUCGAUCGAUAAGACCGAUGGCUGUCAAAUGUAUUUGUCUAAGGACUCGCUGGGCGUUGAAAUUGUCAGCUCGAAGUCAUCCGAGAUGAAUAUACUCUUGCCGGAGGAUAAUGGAGAUUUUACCGAACUGGCUUUGCCCGAGCAGUUCAAGACCUUCAUCAAUGGCAAAACCCUCAAGACUGUGUGCGUCGACAGCCUGGGCUAAUGCGUGGGCAUGCACAUCAGGGAUCGCAUGGACGUCGUUGAUUGCUUUUUAAAUAAAAACAUAUAUGUAUGACAAGUCACCUUCCCCCCAUAAAAACCCGCAUCCAACUAAUUGCAAGUGGAUUGCAGCAAAGCUAAAUAAUCUAAUUUUAAGCGCAGAGUUUUCGUAUUUAUGUAUUUAUCAUUUAUUUUUUGUAACGUACGAAAAUUUAGAAAAUAGUUGCCAAAUUAUGCUGCUAUCGUAAAAAAUGGGGCGAAAACAGAAAGUAUUCACAACAAAAUGAAAAGAGAUCAUAAAAAUAAUAAAAACAAUAAAUUUAAAUAUUUAUUUUAUAAUGCAAGAAAGCAAUGCGACGUAAACCGAACGAUAAUCCAAUCUGUAUCUAGAUAUUAACUACAAUUGUAAUGAGAAUAACGCACGAAACUUUGUCAACAUUUUUAAGCAGACUUUUCAUUCGAUUAUAAAAUUCAUAAUAUUUUGCACAUUGAACAUGUAAGCGAGACACCAGAGUCAACAGUGAAAAUCAAGCAAAA